AUGUGCCAUACAGGUAGUAUCGCUUGCAAUCUUGCAGUACAGCAACUAACCAGAAUAAUGGCACUGUGGCCCAUCGACCGUGUUGAACGCAUGAUGGAGGAGCCGUUCAGGCGAAUGGGUCGCUAUUGCCCAAUUCGUGAUAUGGAUUGGAUGGCUCAGGACAUGAUGCCCUACUGGAGAGAUGCUGACCAUUCGAUGCUCCACGUGGGAAAUCAGACCAAAGAGAUGAUCAAUGACGACAAGAAGUUUUCCGUUGCGUUGGAUGUGUCCCACAGUGAGUAA